GAGCAGGAGGACGAGGUGCUGCUGGUGAGCAGCAGCCGGUACCCUGACCAGUGGAUUGUCCCUGGAGGAGGCAUGGAGCCAGAGGAGGAACCUGGUGGCGCUGCCGUGAGGGAGGUGUACGAAGAGGCUGGAGUCAAAGGAAAGUUAGGCAGACUCCUGGGCAUAUUUGAGCAGAACCAAGACAGAAAGCAUAGAACGUAUGUUUAUGUUCUUACUGUCACUGAAAUAUUAGAAGAUUGGGAAGAUUCUGUUAAUAUAGGAAGGAAGAGAGAAUGGUUCAAAGUAGAAGAUGCCAUCAAAGUUCUCCAGUGUCAUAAGCCUGUACAUGCAGAGUACCUGGAAAAACUAAAGCUGGGUUGUUCUCCAACCAAUGGAAAUUCCAUAGUCCCUUCCCUUCCAGAUAACAACACCUUGUUUGUGACUGCCGCACAGACCUCUGGGUUGCCAUCCAGUAGAAGAUAGAACUGGGAGGACCUCCCAUGUGCAGUCUUGUGGGGAGAGGUCUCUUUAUUUUUCUUGGUAAACAUCCGAAUGAUGCUUGCAAACUGUCUGAAUUUGCCAUGCAGGAUUUUCAAACAAUUUGCAAGUUUUUCAGAUGUUUUCAGAUCUUCUUUAAAAAAAAAAAAUGUAAAAUAUUUUAAUAAGCCAAAGCCAUGUGGAAUUUUUUUUAGAUGCCUUAAUUGUGCCCCUGCCCCAACCCACACCCCCAUUCUAGUUGUCAAUUUUUCACACA